CACGCAGCGCGGUGACGUCGUGCGUCCCCCCCUUGUUCCCCUCCCCCCCCCCCCCUUUGGCCGAGCGGAGCCGCCGCGGCCGCUGCGGGCUGAGAGAAAAUGGCGGCGCCGGGUGAAUGCUUCAGCGUGGGCAGCCAAGUGUCCUGCAGGACCUGCCAGGAGCAGCGGCUGCAGGGCGAGGUGGUCGCCUUCGAUUACCCCAGCAAGAUGCUGGCGCUCAAAUGCCCUUCUUCCAGUGGGAAGCCCAACCACGCAGAUAUCCUGCUUGUAAACUUACAGUAUGUCUCAGAAGUGGAAAUAAUCAAUGACCGCACGGAAACCCCUCCUCCUUUAGCUUCACUCAAUGUUAGCAAGCUCGCCAACAAAGCACGGAUGGAGAAGGAGGAGAAGCUGAGCCAGGCGUACGCCAUCAGCGCGGGGGUCUCUCUGGAGGGACAGCAGCUCUUCCAGACCAUCCACAAGACCAUUAAGGACUGUAAAUGGCAGGAGAAGAACAUAGUUGUGAUGGAAGAAGUCGUCAUCGCCCCCCCUUACCAGGUGGAGAAUUGUAAAGGCAAAGAGGGCAGCGCGCUGGGGCAUGUACGCAAAAUAGUCGAGAAACACUUUAGAGAUGUGGAAAGCCAAAAGGUAAUGCAGCGUUCACAAGCACAGCAAACACAGAAGGAGAGCGCCCUGUCGUCCUGAGGCCUGCAGGGAACCGACGUCCUCCUACCUGGGGAAAACAAAGGUGGGGGUGGGCAGCUCAAACCUUUAGACUUUGAAACCAACCAACAAACAAAAAAAAAAACAACCCCCAAACCACACACAAACGUAAAAGAGAUAAAAAAAAAAAAAGAAAAAAAAAGAAAAAAAAAAGAGAAUAAUUUAAAAGCUCUCAUGCAUUACUUGACUAACAGACUUUCAUUUUGUCCGCCAUGGUUUCUUUCCUUUCCCCACCGGCUGCUCGCGCUCGGUUCCCUUUAUUUUUGGACACCCCCAAAACCCCCAUUUAUCACCCCAAAAUAGUCCCCUCCCUUCCCAACCCCUCAAUAUCCCACUUUAAUGGGUGCAGCUCCCGUUUCAACCCC